AUGUAUUCAAGCGUAAGACCGUACAAAAUAUUACAAAAAGUGAAAAGGAAUGAAAAUAACAAUAGCAACAAAAAAACCCCCAAUGAAGCAAAGAAAGAAACGACAGAACGGGAAGAUAAUAGCAAAAAAAACACCAUCGAAAAGAAAAAAAAAUACGAAGACUUAAAAUACUACGAAUGUAAUAGAAAAUCACUUAGCACAAAGAGGCAAGAUGCAGAAGGCCGUGAUAAAAUAACAAAGAAUAAUAAAACAAAUCAUAAUGCAGACAAUAACCAUGUUAAAAAAUCGCAAAGCGAAAAGGUAUUAAAAAAAAAAGAAGAUAUGCUGAUAACUUUACUGAAAAAGGAACAAUCCUGUGUACAUAAUAAAAAAAUCAUCAUUCGACAUUUACCACCAACUUUAAGUGAAGAUAAUUUUUUUGACUCCUUCCCAAGCAACCUCAAAGAUGAAUUAGAUUAUUAUUACUAUGUUAACGGUUGUGUACCAAAAAAUGCAGGGGGUGAUAUAACGCAUUCACGAAUGUACUUAUCCUUUAAGGAUGAUUUGAAGACAAAGGAAUUUAUAAAAACACAACAUGGGAAAUUCUUUUACGAUUCCAAUGGUGGUAAGUUCAAAGCCAUGGUGUCCUUUGCGCCGUAUCAGACUAUAAUACACAAAAAUAAGUCCGAUGAUAUGAACAACACCUUAGAAUCAGAUGCCUAUUUUUUAAAAUGCUGUGAAGAAAUGAACAACCCCGAGGAGCCUGUUAAGAAGGAUGAGGAUAACGGUGAUCUAAUCAAUGUAGUGAAAGAAGACGGG